AUCACAGGAGAGGAAUUACGUGUUGAAAUUCUCGUUGUGAACAAAAUUUUUAAAAGUUAAAAAAAACUAAAUUGAAUAGUAUACAAAUAUGGCCAGCCUAAUCAGACAAAUUUUAAAACCAAAUAUUUACCGCUCCGCCAGCCUAUGGACACAAUCUGCAAGACUUUUUUCAGCCGAAGGCGGUGCACCACAAUCUUACAGCAAGGAAAUCUUAAAACAGCUAGUUAGCACAAAUAAAGUUGUGGUUUUCAUGAAGGGGAAUCCUGAAGCUCCUCGUUGUGGUUUCAGCAAUGCAGUAGUACAAAUCAUGCGUAUGCAUGGUGUACAAUAUGAUGCUCAUGAUGUAUUGGAAAGCGAUGAAUUGAGACAAAACAUUAAAGAUUUUACGGAAUGGCCCACCAUACCCCAAGUUUUCAUUAAUGGUGAAUUUGUUGGUGGUUGUGAUAUUUUAUUGCAAAUGCAUCAAAGCGGCGAUUUAAUUGAAGAACUUAAAAAAGUUGGCAUUGAGUCGUUGUUGCUGAAAGAAGCCGAAGCUAAUGAUGGCAAAGAUUCUAAAAAGGAUUAAAUAGGACUGUUUUCUAUAGUAAAAUAUAAUGUAGAAUAUAUUUUAAAAACUUGUUAUUCAUUAGUUUAUAAUAUAUAUUAAAUAUAUUUAAUGUUUUCGAAA